UCUCCAAAAUAAUGUGCUUACAUUUGCAUUUAUCAAUGGUUCUAUUCCUGUUCUGGCCGUUAAUCUUGGUGCUCUCUGUUCUCACAGUCUGUGUCUCGAAAAAAUCACAGAAAAGCGCCACAUCUGAAAAAUCGCUGAAAUCCGCGGCAACUUCAAAUUUUUCAUUGAUUUCCGACAAAAGUGAGCGAGGCUCGUCCAGCGAGAAAGUACAGCGGAGAGAUCGAAAUUCCACAAUCGAUUCGCUGAAAGUGCCACGUCGUCCACCGCAGGCGUCAAGCAUGUCGAGUUCAGGAAAAUCGUACCGAAAAUCCGGUAAUCAGGUUUCGGUGAGAGGUUCGCAGAAGUCUGACACAACGGAUUCGGCAAAAACCGAGCUUAUCGAGAUGCCACUUGGCAAGGCCGCCAGAGACGAGCCCAAACACAACAUUCUGACACCUGCGGCCGAACAAAAGACGGGUGACUCGUCGCCACCGUCCAAGCGGGUUCAGUUCGCGCACCCGUUGAAGCGUGUCAAGCGUCGUGCCACAAUGCCUCCCGAGGAUGCUGACGAGAAGACCAUGUAUAUUGCAUGAUUAAAUACUCAAUAAAGAUUUUUUCGU